GAGAGAGAUGGCGUUGGAUUACAAACCUCCAGAAGAGUUCGUAGUCAACAACUUACAGCCCCUUGCUGACUUCGAUGUGACGGGAUCGACGGAGCUCUGGCUCAUCCAGUGCCCUAUGAGCCACGUUCCGGAGAUUGAAGGGAAGGAGCUUAAGGUUAAGCUUGGUGAAGAUGGAGUCUUGGGACGUUUCGAGGAUUCUCCUGGUAAAGAGGUUGAACUUGUUAGCUUUGCUUCUCAAGAAGGUGAUGCAACUGUGAUUAUACCUUGUGAGAAGGAAUCAAAGAUCGUUGGGAAGAUUUCGAGGCGAGUUUCGUUGGUUCGGUUCCCUGAACCGGAAGAGCUUCUUGAGACAUUUAAAACUCAGCAGAAGGCUUUGAGAGCUGUGACGAGUUCCUCUGUUAGAAACUCUAAUCCAGCUAUGAGUAGCAGGCGUAAAAGCAAACAAGUAUUUUUGCCAUAAAAGCAAACAGGGUUAAGAUGUUGAAUUUAGAUUAUGUGAAACGAUAAGCAAACAAGUAAUGUAUCGAAAUUUAUAACUUAUUGUGCCAUACGUGGUUAUGAAGUUCAGACAAAAGCUA